AUGACAACUAAGGUUAAUGGAAAUCAGUUCUCUUAUGAAUUAAAAAAUACUCGAAAAACUUCGAAUUCCAUUCAUGGGAACCUUGUUCUCUCACAACAUCACAAAGAUACAUUACCAGACUAUGGACCUGAUCUCGAAAAUCUUUCGUUUACCGUAGAGUAUCAAACGCCUCAUCGGCUUCACGUAUGCAUAUCCGAUACCGAGGGGAUUCGUUGGCGAGUUCCCGAGUCGGUCGUGGCAGUGGAUAAAAGUUUAACAGAAAUUGAAAAGUGUGACUACAGCUUUAAUUAUAAGGAUAGUCCUUUUGGGUUUUCUGUUUCACGAAAAAACGAAAGUGGACCUAUUUUCGAUACGAUUGGCAAGCAUCUGAUUUUCAAAGAUCAGUAUCUCGAGUUAUCGACUUCAUUACCUUUAGAUUCUAAUAUAUAUGGAUUGGGUGAGGUAGCUGCAUCGUUUAGACGAGAAACCGGAAGAUUUACUUUAUUCUCAAGAGAUGCCCCUUGUCCAGAAAAUGAAAAUUUAUAUGGUACACAUCCGUUUUACGUCGAAUUACGAGAUGGGAAGGCACAUGGUGUUUUAUUAUUGAAUUCGAAUGGUAUGGAUGUAAUAUAUGAAAAUGGUAAAAUUACGUACAAAGUUAUCGGCGGUAUAUUAGACUUUUACGUAUUUCUUGGUCCCACUCCUCAAAAUGUUGUUGAGCAAUAUGCAGGGUUGAUUGGACGACCAUGUUUUAUUCCUUACUGGUCACUUGGUUUUCAUCAAUGCCGAUGGGGAUAUAAUACUAUUGAAAAAUUUGAAGAGAUGGUUAGUCAAUAUGAAAAAGCCAAAAUCCCGAUGGAUGCCGCUUGGAUAGAUCUCGACUACAUGGACGCAUUCAAAAUUUUCACCUUCCAUCCGCACCAUUUCCCACCCGAAAAAUUCGUAUCAUACGUAGAGAAAUUGCACAAAAACCAUCGAAAAUUGGUGGUUAUAGUAGAUCCGGGUAUCAAAGUAAAGGAUGGAUAUGACGUCUAUGAUGAGGGUCUGAAAAAAGAUGUGUUUAUGAAAAGAGCGGAUGGGGAGAAUUUUGUUGGGCGUGUUUGGCCUGGGGAAACUGUUUUUCCGGAUUGGUUUCAUCCUGAUACACAACAAUUCUGGACUGACAUGAUGACCAGGUGGCUGAAACAAGUUCCGAUUGAUGGGAUCUGGAUUGAUAUGAACGAACCGGCUAAUUUCGUAAAUGGCGAUAUUACACAUGAAUCAAAUCAUUUUCCUUUUAAAAAGGGAAUCGAUAGUAAAAAUGUUAAUCUAGUUCAACGUGUCAAGCAAACUGGUGAACUUGAAUACGACGUUCAUAACUUGUUCGGUCACAUGGAAGGAAUUGCGACACACAAUGCUUUGCGAGCUAUUCGUCCUGACAAACGACCAUUUGUACUCUCUCGAUCGACAUUUUCGGGUAGCGGGAAAUUUGUCGCCCAUUGGUUAGGAGAUAAUGAAUCGUCGUGGCGAAGUCUAGAGCUCUCAAUUCCUGGGAUGCUCUCUUUUCAGCUUUUUGCCAUUCCGUUGGUAGGAGCUGAUAUUUGUGGAUUCAAUGGCGUUUGCACUGAAGAAUUAGCCAUUCGCUGGGCACAACUCGGUAGUUUUUAUCCGUUUUGUCGUAAUCAUAAUGCGAUCAAUUUACCAGGCCAAGAAUUUUAUCAAUUUGAGAAAGCAAAGCAGAUAGCAAAAGUCGCGUUGGAGAUUCGAUAUCGAUUGUUGCCAUAUUGGUACACGGGCUUCUAUCGAGCUUAUACUAACGGCAGUCCUGUUAUUAAUCCUCUUUGGUUUUUGGAGCCGGAGGGAAAAGAUACAUGGGCUAUCGAUCAACAGUUUUUAGUUGGAAAGGGUUUAUUAAUAACACCUGUUACUCAAGAAGGAGCGCUAAAGGUUACCGGUUAUUUCCCUCCGGGAAUAUGGUACGACUUUUUCACAGGCCUCAAACAGUUAGAUAUUGUACAAGGUAUAUGGAAGGAAUUAGAAGCACCAUUAGAAGUAAUACCUGUGCAUGUUCACGGCGGCUCUAUAAUUCCAAUGCACGUUCGUGCAGAACUAACUACAUUUGUAAGCCGCACGACAGGUAUUCAAUUGUUAAUUGCGUUAGAUCGAUUAGGACUCGCGUCUGGUGAAUUAUACCUAGAUGAUGGCGAAACACCGCCAGAAAAUCUCGCCAAAAAUCAUUCACUUCUCACCCUAACGGUCCGUGAUAGUAUAUUGAUGGUCGAGGGUAUCUUUCAAUACGACGGGCCCGGUUCAUUUUUAGAUGAAAUUUUGGUAUAUGGGGUUACCCAUGAGAUUGAUGAAAUCGUGUUCACGAAUACGAGUACAAAGGUUAUUGAACGGAAUAAAAUAGAGUGGAAUAGAGAAAAUGGGAGAUUGUUUGUUCGGGAAUUGGGGAUUCCGUUGUUGAAUGGUGGGUUCUCCAUCUCAUGGAGAUAA